AUGCAUGUGGCAACGCUGCCUUUGAUGUAUCGUGAGCUUAUGUUACAUACUUUUGAGGUCAAAAGCUGAGGCGUUCGCUGGACGUAGGAGUAUCAGCGCAAAAUAACAAUAAAUCUAACAAGUGAAAACAGCCUGCACAAGAAAGAAUGCAAAAUCUAUAAUAAAGGAUAUUUAAAUACCUAGGGGUUUGGACACUCAUGUAUAUUGUGAAAACUAAUUAGUUGAAGUAAGCGGUAUGAAAAGGUUCAAAAAUUAUAAUCAAUAAUUAGAACAGCAACUGUUAUUGGCACGCACACACUGACACGUACACACACAAAUCCUCACUGCAUGAGUUCAAAGGAAUAAUUUGCUCACAUAUGCAUUUGCCCACAUAUAUAUUUAUGUGGGUGUGUCAACAUUCGGUUCAACUUAGCAACGUGAAGCCAGCCCUUGCUUAGUAAAAAAAAACUCACACCACAACUUAAAUCGCGCUUAUUUCCAUCCCUUAUACUUAUAAAAUAUUGCACACUAACAAAGUAAGGCAAGAAAUAGCAAAAUAAAUAUAUCGAUUAUAUUCGUAUUUGACGUUGCCGUCGUGCUUAACGUCGUUGUCGUCAGUUGCUGCAGUGUCCUGCAUUCGGUGUUCAGUAUUCGGUCGGCUCGCCUUUUGUUCGCCCAACUGGCGACGACAAUUUUGAUUUCGAACAAACUAAUCACAAACGAAAUAAUAACAAAAAACAACAUAAUUGUAUUUAAUGAAACAUUAAUGCGUCAAAAAAGUAUUUGAAGAGAAAAUAUAUGUUUACGCAUACGGUCUUUUUUUGGCUGGUUGCUACAGACAUGUCUGAAUGAAAGUUUGCAUAAAUAUAGUCUAAAAAAAAGUAGACUUGGUGAAUAGAGUCAUAUUUUUAGCAAUGUUACUAUUGAAGCACAGAACUUUAAGAUUGUUUAGGAGGUGGUAACUUUCAUCGUUUUACCAUAUAAUAAUAAUAAAAUUUUACAAUUAUCACCCACGUGGCCAAUAUGCGUUGAAGACGUUACAAACACUGCCGAACCACGCUACCAAAACAUGAUCUCACCGAAUCCAUCGAGUUGUAUCGAAAAUGAUCAUCACAUUCAUCACCGCACUCAUCACACAGCAACGGCAGGUUCUCAGACUUGUGGCUUUAGCUCGGGAGUUCGCAAUAACCGACGCAUCAUGAGCAACAACAAUGUGUGCGGUGUACGCUGUCGUUCUUUAUUGGGCUAUCAACCGCAUUUGCAGCUUAUCAAUGAUGCUAAUAUUAUGGGCAGCAAUAAUUGCUGCGAUACUGGUGCAUCUGGAGGCCGUUAUAGUCCACAUCCGAAUGAGAUGUUCUUGCAGCAUCAUGGUAAACUCUCAACCCAACCGAUUAAUGGCUUUGAUGAUUCAACAAAUUGUUGUUUGCCGCCACCAUCACCAGCGCCGAAUAGUGAUAGAUGCAUAAUGGGCUUAACAUCACUGCAAGGUUCUCAAAUAUGUGGCGCUUCCAGUAAUGUUAACUGUUUGGAUAUGCAUACGACAUACACUAAUUAUGAUGGCGGUGGCAAUAUUGGCGGUCAAGUACAUCAAGCUAACACACAGCAUUUACAUCAACAUCUACAUACUCAUCAUACAGCACAAUCGCUUUCAUCAUCCGCAUCAACAUUACCGUUGGCUGUUUCUAGCAAUUGCGGCACAAACUUGUCAGAAAAGUACGCAGGCAGCAUGCAACAGUGUUCCAUUUCACCGAAUACUCGAUUUCGCUUAUCAGACCGAUAUCGUGAGGUGUCUACGCCUAAAUCACUGGUUUUGAAUAGCACAUCCACCAUUGGCAGCCAAGGCGCCUUUGCUGCGGCCUCGGGUGAUGUCUCAACACAGCCUUGCAGUGCCGCACGAUACGCAUCUUCCGCACAUUUUUUAACACAAGGUACACCCCUGAUGCCAAGCGACACAUACACAUACCUUUCGUCGACAGUGCAUACGCCUGUAAAGCGCUAUGUGCCGACCCCUCCACCGCCAAACGAACUAUACACUGACAUAUCGGUACAACAGUCUACACUGACGCCGCAAACAUAUGUAAGCAAAUGCACGAACAAUAGCAGUGUGAUCAGUGAAAAUGGCACAACGCAACAUGUCAACACACUGCCUUUCCGCUUACGCAUGAAAUGCUGUGCCAAUGAUUUGGCACAUCCACCAGUGAUGCAGGCAGCUAAUACAAAUACCUCGCACAUGACGCAUAGUCUUGAGCAUCGGCCACAAUCAGUUACCGACUACUAUGCCACAUCUCCGCGUACUCGACCAUCCUUCAAUAUUGUUAACAACAGCAAUAUCAUUGCUAACGGCAUGGGUAAUUCAAAAUGCGCUGGAGUAACAGCAAAAGAUGCUUCCAUUAUCAUCUUACAAGAUCAACAAAUGCCAACAAAUGAAAACUUGGCAUCGCUAUCUCAGUUGCAUAACACAUCUAGCUGUAUAACUUCUGCGUCGACGGCCUGUUCAGCGUCGACAGCUGUGGCGUGCGGUUCGAAUCCUUUAUGCGUUAGACCGUCGACGGCUUCACCACUAUCUAUUGGCGCCAACGGUAUGUAUGUAGUCAGCAACAGCCGCUUGAAUACAAACGGUGUCGCUCGUGCUAAUAACUCAAAUGUGAUAAAUGAUAGUAACAGCCGCAUUUAUACGACGCCUGUCACCCAAAUGGAUGCUAAUUCUGGCGGAAAUAGUGUUGGUGACAGUAUUAGCAACAUAAAUUCUGGAUCCGGUGCAGCCACCACUUGUUUGCAUUGCAACACAGUACGACGUACAACCGGCGUCCAUCAGACCACUCAGACAACAGGCCCGAUCAGCCCAAUACCUAUACAACAGGUACUUGAAGGCAAUAGCGCAGGAGUCACCGGUAGUUGCAAUGGCGUCUUUAUACAGAAUAAGUUGGAACAAACUUCACUUUCACUAACACCAUCCACCAGCGAGUCGCAUAUUUCCCCGCAAUCGCCGUCGGCAAAUGGAGCACCCAAUUCGCGAGUACCUCUUCGAAGUAAAGCGAAUGAUCACAGUACCAAUAACGGAGUUGAGCAAUUGCUACAGCAGCAAGGAGAUCAAAUUUAUGUGACUUCAAAAGCUCUACAUCAUCCAAUGAAUGUAAUAACAGAGGGCACAAUCACAGAGCACGUUAGCAUUACUGGGAACGGUCAAAUGUGCAAGCAGCAGCAGCUUCAACAAGCUUUGAACCUUAAACGGCAGCUACUACAACAUUCGAAUAUGCAGAUGCAUCAUCAACCACAACAGCCCUCACCAAUACAACAACUGCCUAUACCACAACAACAGCAACAAAUUCAACGCUUUUCUCGAAAGAAACGUUUGAGUCAAUACAUACGCAAAGAAAUAGCUCGUUUUUUUGGUGUAGACGCCAGUACGGAAGCUGAAGAGUUUGCUGUUUGGCAAGGCCGUCAAAGGCGUUUAGCCCUCCGAAGGUUUGGUGCGUUGAAAAGCGAGAAUGAGUUACAUAAUGAAAUGAAUAGCAGAAAUACCAGUGAGAUUAAUAACCGCACAAAUUUCUAUAAUGGAGUCGGUGGAGGGACUAAUCAACAAUACCAUCAACAUCACUACCACCCUUCGGAAAGGCCUGAUAUAUUACCCGCUCAUGAUACAGAAGGUGAUGACUUGACAAUCGAAUAUACAUCGCGACGACUCCAUUUCUCAUAUACUGACUUCCAGUUAGGAGAUCAUGUCGAGCGGAAAGCAUCCGUAGGUACAAUGAUUAUGUCUAGUUUAACUUAUAUCGUACAGACACUGAAUAAACGACAUCCACGCCACAACCGACAAUGGUCACGGAGUUUUGCGCAAGCUCAUAUAAAUCAAAUGAAUGGUAUCGAUAACUCAGGUGAUAUUUUUGAAGGCUUACCAGCGCUUCACGAAGAGGAACUAUUUUUCGACUCUUCAGGUACUGAACAAACUCUAAACAAUAGCAAUGUAAUCGGUUUAAAUAGCUGUAAUGGCGCAAAUAGCGGCUCGUUGCAGCAAUCGAACGUUAUGAGACCUGGUGAUGGCAGUGCCACGAUCACGAACAAUAGUGGCGUACAGCUACUUGAACAUCAUCGACAAAUAUACAUGAGUGAACGUAUGCACGGAUGGCGUACUUCGGCUGUAAUGGGUGGUAGUGGAAAACAUGGCACUCCCAACAGCAACGUUGCUACAAAUGGUGAACAAAUAACUGCGUCCAUAUUGCUGCAGCAAGCCACAACCACCAACAUUAAUACCGGUGGUCAACAAUCAAGUAAUGUUUGCAGUACUAGCAUUUCCCACCAGUCCAAUAUGACAGCGAUCGCUGGUAAUAAUGGCAUACCUUUACUGCCAAAUGUACAACCAACAAACGCAACACGCGGUAAUCGCAUAUCGGCACAACUUUUAGAUGGCGUACUCGAGAAUUCGCGUCGCUCAAUACAGCGCAAAGUUAAAUUAUUUACAGUUAGUGAUCUAGACGAUCGUGCGGAUCAUCGGCCAUUUUUUACGUAUUGGAUAAACACAGUGCAGACAUUAGUUCUCUUAUUGUCGCUCAUUUGCUACGGUAUAGGGCCUAUAGGAAUUGGAGUUGAACAAAAAACAGGACAGGUACUGGUUACUAGCCUUAGUUUGCAAACAGUGCAGCACACCGAACAGCGAAAUUUAUGGAUAGGGCCACGAAAUAACGACUUGGUACAUAUGGGUGCGAAGUUUGCUACUUGUAUGCGUAGCGAUGUUCGUAUCAUGGAUGUGCUAAUGAAGACGCGGCGGCAAGAACGUGAAACAGCAUGUUGUAUACGCAACGAUGAUUCAGGAUGCGUACAAAGCUCUCAAGCGGACUGCUCUGUGCGUGGACUAUUCCCAACCAAGUCUAUAUCAACCUGGAAAAAAUGGUCGCCAGGUGAAUCUGGACCAGGUGGUCGCAUUUCGGGUUCCGUUUGUGGACUGGAUCCUAAAUAUUGCGAUGCACCCGCAUCCAUAGCACCAUAUGAAUGGCCAGAUGAUAUAACAAAAUGGCCAAUUUGCCGGAAAACAAAUUCGUUUUCACAACGUUUUCGCUAUAAAGAUCACACCGCCGAACACAUGGUAUGUGAGGUCAUAGGUCACCCGUGUUGCACUGGAGUUUAUGGAGAAUGUAGAAUAACCACUCGCGAGUACUGUGAUUUCGUCAAUGGCUACUUUCACGAAGAAGCAUCGUUAUGUUCGCAGAUUUCCUGCUUAAGCAACGUCUGCGGCAUGGUACCAUUUAUAUCUGGUGAGGUGCCUGAUCAAUUUUAUCGUUUAUUCACAUCACUUUGCUUACAUGCUGGGAUUCUUCAUUUGGCCAUUACUGUCGCCUUUCAACACGUAUUUCUAGCCGACUUGGAGCGUUUAAUAGGGCCUGUCCGCACCGCUAUUGUUUAUAUUGGCUCAGGACUGGCUGGAAAUUUGACUAGCGCCGUACUAGUGCCAUACAAAGCAGAAGUCGGACCAUUGGCAUCAUUGUCUGGUGUAAUUGCAUCCCUGGUUGUGUUGCUAAUACUUAUCCACUGGAAACAUCUACGUAAACCGCACGUUGCUCUUUUCAAACUUAUGUGUAUAACAGCACUAGUUUUUGGCGUUGGAAUACUACCUUGGCAGUUGAACUUUGCAGGCCUGUUGGCGGGCAUUUUUUGUGGGAUAUUCUUAACCAUUGCGCUGGUGCCGUUUGUGAGCGUUACCAAAUAUGGACGAAAAUCUAAGAUCAAUCUUAUAUGGUCCUGCGUCAUCUUCCACCUGUUUAUAUAUUCAGUGCUGUUGGGGAUUUUCUACGUAUUUCCAACGGAGUUAACUUCACUAAAUGUGGGAGAAGUUUUAAAAACAAAUUUGAAUGCUAAUUCAGGCGGUGGCAGUAACGUUGCAGACAGCGUAAGUGUUGGGGUCGGCGUUGGAGGAAUCGGCCUCGGCGGUGGCCAUAGUGGUGAUAUACCUGCUGGUAUCAGUAAUGGCAGAGGGUAUAAUGGCAAAAACAAAUGGUACCAAUCGAUGCAGCAGCAGCAGUAUUACUAUCACCAUCGUUCCAGUGAUAUAAUUACAAGUGGAGUGGAUUUACAGAAGGAACCAUUACAAGUGCAGCAAAAUGAAAUGGGUCCUGUGCCAUCAUUUUAUAAUUAUGCUUACCAUAUGAAUCGCAGCAAUAAUCAAAUGAGUAGCAAAUACAAAUAUAAUCCUAAUAAUAACGGUAAUAGUAAUAACAGCAGUUUCACAAAUUAUUAUUUUGCGAAUAACAUCAAAAGCUUUUUGAACAGCAGUAACAAGUCACACCAUAUAAUUGGCGACAGUGAAAUAUUGUCAGAAAAUGCGCGGCCUGUCGCCAAAAUCAUAGAAGUUGAAGCGGGAUUGAGUAAUCAUAGUAAUAGCAACACUAAGAUAAUCGCGUAUAACAUAAAAAAAAAUAAAAGAACUGGUGAUGAAGAUAUCGGUGAUGGAAGCAAUAACAUUGACAUUGACGUUAUUGUCGGGGACAUGACAGUUGGUAAGCUGCAGUCGUUGCAAACAUUCAACGCUAUAGUCAAUCAGACGCCUAAUUACAGUAGUGGUCAAUAUUCGUUUGGGAAGCAAACUAAGAACUUGAGAUUUGUAGGAGUUAGUACCAAUGGUAACUGCAACAGAAGUAGCAGUCUUAUCUUAGAAAAUCAAGAGCUACAGCUACAACAACUAAGGCUUAUGCUACAUUCAGGACGAAAACAGUCACACCCUAACGGAAAUAAGGACACGAGCUUUUACAAUGAUCGCCAAAAAUUAGAUAAUAUUGUAGAUUCGUUACAUAACUUCGACGACAUUGACAUACACAGGGAACUAAUGUAUAUAGUCGAAGCAGAUACCGACAACAAAGACGAUCGCACAAGAACGCAUGUAAAUCCGGAUGCGAAAACCCAGUUCACCUUCCAUUUAAAUGAUUCCAGCGUUUUUGCGUUCACCAAUGACAAAAAUGUAAAUAAGACUUCAAUCAAUCCAAAAGUCGCAAAAGUUGCCAAAUCCAAAGUUCGUUUCAGCACAAAGCCAUGGCAGAACUUUACGGAUAGUAAACAACAGCAGCUAAAUUUAGUAUCAAAUGUUGCACCCCCAUUUAAGAGAUUAUAUAAAAAAGUCGCAGUAACAGCAUUAACAGAUACAGUAAAUAUGUCACGUUCGGCUACCGGAGAUCCGGCAUCAACAGCUACAGGACCAAGAAGCACCACAUCGUCAUCCACGCUGGAUGAAGCGGAUAAAUUGAAAACAAAAAAUGAAUUGAUGAACAACAAAAGUGCAACAAAAACGACAAAUAGCAACAGCACCAAAAAAAUAACACCAACAAUACAGCAAUAGACGCCAAAGGGGUAUGAGUAUAAUAACAUAAAUAUUUAAAAAUAAUUUCACAAACAAUAGUAGUUUAAGUAGCGAGCAAAAGCUAAAAAAAAUUUCAUUGUAGAACUAACGCUAAACACAAUUUCCAUAUGUUGCACAUGCUGGUACACAUACACGCAUAUAUUUGUACAUGUGCAUUCAUACAGAUAUAUCAGUAAUGGCCACAUUAAGCGAACAACACUCCGAAAUACCAAAAGCAGCUAACGAGCAUUUUAAAAAUAUAUUUAGAGCUUUGCGCGUCGCUACAUGAUCAGUUAUUAAAUUCUCUUUUUUACACAAAAUGGCUUUUAAGGAGACCCUUCAACUUAUCUCUUAUAAGUCGUUUUCGAUUCGCCAUAUCAUAAUUUGCUUAUGCCAGUUAAUUCGUUUAUAUUAGCUACUCGAUUGCCACAUUCCACGGAAACAACUAGAAUAUUGUCUAACACGAUUAGGUGAUUUACAGCUUUGCCAAAGCUUAAGGCAUACUAUUAAUUACAAUUUGUAUACGCUUGAAACAUGAUGCUACAGAGUAUAAUGGUUUUGUCCACCUAACGGUUGUUUAUAUCACCAAAAACUAAUCGAAAUAGAUAUAGGUAUGUUAUAUAAUAUACAUAUACUUAUGUAUAUAAAUGAUUAGCAUGACGAGACGAGUUGAAAUGGUCCGCCUGUCCGUCUGCUUGCGCAAGCUGUAGCUUAAGUAAAAAUUGAGAUAUCAUAAUGAAACUUAGUACACGUGUUCCUUAGCAAAGUUCGGUUCUAUAAAUGGGCGGGAUUAGAUCACUGCCACACCCACAAAAUUCCGUUAACCGAAAUCCAAUAAAGUGCAUUACUGAGCAAUAAGUUAAGAUAGGCACUUGUGGGGUAAAAAUUUUGAACGAUUGGGCGUGCCCCCGUGGUCUUUAAGAUGUUCAAUGUACAUUUAUCCUAAACCAUUCAAGCAAUAAUAAUCAAAUUCACUCAGGACAAAUCCAUUAAGUACCCCUACGUACACUGUUAAAAUGUAUUAUAAAAUAUAUUUUAUAAUGAAUUUGUUGUUGGCUUCACUGCUAUGUAAACUGAUUAGGUUUUAUUAAAUCAAAUAUAUGAAAUAUACAAAUAUUUUAAAAAUGGUAUGCUACUUAAGUUCUUUUUUGUGCAUAGCAGGGCAGGUAGUAAAAAUGUUAAACAGUAACAACAUAAAUUACAAAUAAUACCUAGUGUAGGUUUGGCUAACAAAACGAAAUAGAUAAGAUUCAAGGGUUUAUUAUAUAGAGGUCAGCCCUACCAACUGACUAAAUAACAAUUAUAUUUACAAUUUUUUCCUAGCUUUAGUUAUCGCAAAAAUAUCAAUGACUUUGUUUAAAUCCAGGCUUUUUUUAAUUGCUAUUAGCGAUAAAUGUCGGAGUCGAGUUUGGUAUUUGUUUUUUUUUAUUUUUAACUUGCUAAAUGACCUUUCAGUUGCUGCAGAAGUGACAGGAAUUGUCAUGAAUAAUAACAUUGCUGCAAAAACUUCCGUUAUAUAGUAUUUGGUUCAUUGUUGUGAGAAGUCCAUGCUUGAAUUGGUUUAGGUAAAACUAGGUGGUAAAUAUUAAUAAAUUGAAGUGAAAAACUAGGCCUAUUAUAUCUGAAUAUUUUCUUUGGAAUUCGUCACACUUUUGUAAUAAAGUUGCUUCAUCAACAUGUAAAAAAAAUGUUGGUGUUAGAAAAUAAAAAAAAUAUUUUUUCUCGUUUUGGAAAUCGGUGAUCAACUGCUAAUUCAUCAAAAUGUUUUUUAAUAUUUUCUUGCAGAUUCACUAGCUUUGCACUUGAAUAUUUCGAAAUCAAAUCUAUAAAUUUGCAUCUUUGCUUUGGUCUCUGCUAAAACUAUACUCGCCUCGCCAAAUCGAAGGUCGCAUUUUUGUAAAGUUUUGAAUUCGCAAAGCAACGCAAACUCAAAAUUUAACACUUUUGUUUUAAUACUCAUUGCUUCACUACGCUCAUCUUUAUUAGGGCUCUUUAGAACUAUUUCUGAUAAUGCUUUAAUAAUAUCAAAAUAACGAAGUUUUAUUGGAGACCGGAAUUAAUGUGAUGCAAGUGACUUGCAUUUUUUCACGAUAUUUCGCAUUAUGCAAUGAGCUGUAGCCGAAAUCUAUAGAUUUGACACAAUUUAUUGACUUAACGGACAAUAAUGUGAGUGGUCAAAUCAAAUAAAAUUGAACCACUAUAUUGACCAGUACAAAAGUUUAUUGACAUUAGUUUACUUACUCCUGAUCCAUGUAUUAAUUUUUUAACCGUUCUCUAUAAAAAUCUUAACUCGAGUUCAUAAUAAAUCACUAUCCCUCAAAUUGACAGCACUGCCAACCUACAGAAACAAUUUAAGGGAAAUUCCUAGCCAUAACUUUUGAAUUUCUCUCAAGUGAGUUGUCAUGAUUAAAGGGGCGUUGCAACCUGUCAUAUUUAUUUUGAAAAUGGGAGAAAUUUUCAAAAGUUCUGUUCGAUCGAAAUUUUUGGAAUGGAUUAGAGAGCUUGAGGGUCCCAGGGCACUGCCCCGCCUAGCCCCUGUAUAGCUACGCCACUGGUGAGAGCAUUAUUAGAGCCGGUGUCAAUUGGGCGUGGCAUCGCCUACAUUUAGGUGAAUACCCAUAUCUCAGGACCUACUUAACAAAUUUGAUAUGCGAUAUACAUUAUCUUCACAUUAUUAUAUUCCCAUAUAACUAAAUUUUAAAUUUCAUCUGAUUUAAUGAAUAUAUUGGGAUAAAACAUUGCGCGGAUAGUGUCUUUAAAAUAUGCCAUCUCAGGCCAAAAAAUUGUUAAAAUCGGAACAUAACUUUUCAACCCCCAAAUACCGGAAAUAUGAACCCUAGAGCCUCAGACUGACUUUUAACCGAAAAUAUCGGACAAUAUGUACAUAAUUGAAAUUAGGAGAUUCCUGAUAAUAUUAUGUCUGUAUGCUAAAAGUGGGUUGAAUCGGGUCAAUAUAGGCUGACUUUAUACCGCAUCGGUAUAUCGGCCGAUCAAUGAAUUAUCUCAAUGAGAGAGCGUGUUUUUCUGAUAACGGUGCAUGUAGGAAAUGAGGUGAAAACAUGCCCUAAACCCAAUAUAACUAACAAACUUUAACUUAGUUCUUCCUUACUUGAUUUAUUUCCGGCAUUUGCUCAGACUAAUGUGUUCAAGUCAAAUUAUGGACGUAAUUGAAAAUGACAUUGAUUGUAAAUUGUACUUUUCGGAGUACCUAUAAAACGUAUUUACAAGGGUUGCCUUUUAUAUUUCAGGAUUAUGGAACAAAAACAAAUAUUAAUCAUCGAAAAUUGCUUCAUAGUUUUUUUAGAUAUUCUCCAUUAAAAUUUCUUACAUACAGUAUUUUUAUUUUUACCGUUUGGUACACAAUUAAAGUGUAAAUAACUCAUAAAUUAUGCGUUGCAGGAACAUGAACAAAUUACAAUUUUAAAUAAAUAAUUAAUUAAAUAAAAGUAAAACCAUAACAUCAUGACAUGACGGUAAUUUUAAAAGUAAAUGCUGUUUGUCUAGAUCCAGUCCCAGGCGGUGUACUUUGCGGUAAUCAACGCCUUUCCUUGAGAUUCAUCAGAAAACAUUCGAACAAAAAAAAUGAUUUUACUAGCUAUUCUAGUGCUAGAUUUUGCGGAAAAAUCACCAAUUAUUUAUUUAUAAAACGUCGAAAUUAAGAAAAGUGCUCGAAAAUUCCUUCUGUUUUCAAAAAGCUCUAUCAAGUACCUUGAAGGUUCUAUUUGUUUUUCCGGAUACAUGGAACGGUUCUUGAUUUGUAUACUGAAAAGUAAAAGAACCAGAUGAAAUUUAAAAUUGUGUUAUAUGGGAAGUAGGCGUGCUCUUUGUCUGUUUUCGCCCAUUUUUAAACUGUAGGAAUGUCAGGAUUAUAUUAUAUACCGAGUUUGGUUGGUUGGUGGGCGAUGCCAUACCCAUCACCCAAUUUUUCCAAUUGCUCCCAUAAAACUGUCUCGUGCAAUUGGGAAUGUUAAUUUUAACGUCUCUGAUACAUUCAGGUACUGAUUUAUCUCGCUUUUAGUAGUUUUUGACUAAUCCAUUAUAUGGGGUGUAGAUGUUGUGGUUAUAAUCCGAUUUCACCUAUUUACGUUCUGUGGCAAGAAGUGUCGAAAUGAUAUGUCCUCUGCAAAUUUGGCUGGCUCAGGUAAAACUAUUAUACUCUAUAGUAACAUUUUGCAAAAGUACAAAAAAAUAUGACUACACCUAGCCUUUUAAUAUUACAUAAGGUCAUACAAACACUUACACUAUAAUCACAAUUCAAAUAGACCAGACAGAAAACAAUAUAUAAUUUGUGGUUAAUAAUUAAGUACUUUCACAACGAGUCGGCAGCAUACAAAAUGAUAAUAAUAUGCUCAACUACUACGAGUUAAGAUGAAACUUUCAAUAAAAAGUAAAAUUUGAAAUAUUUA